AUGAAAGUCUUAAUUACUGGGGCCGGCGGCUUUGUCGGCCAAAUUCUGGCAAAGAAACUCAUCGAGACAAACACCGCAGAUGCACUCAUUUUAGCCGACGUUAACCCGCCUCCCAAUCCAACAUCGUCGCAGAACGUGCAAUGCACGUCGGCAGAUCUCACAUCGCUUUCCGCAUGCGAAGACCUCAUCGCCCAAUCGCCGGAUGCCGUGUAUAUCUUACAUGGCAUCAUGUCGAGUGGUAGCGAAGCAAACCUCGAGCUUGGUCUCAAAGUCAACUUCGAAUCUGUACGCCAGCUACUGGAUACGAUCAGGAUCAAGCGACCAGGAAUCAAAGUAGUCUUCACCUCUUCCUGCGCAGUGUUUGGUCGGAAAGCAGUAGAAAACGUAGCAACAGAGACGGACAUUGUGCCCAUGCCGGAGUCGAGCUAUGGCACACAGAAACUCAUGAUUGAGUUCCUUCUCAACGACUAUUCGCGACGCGGGCUUAUUGACGGACGAGUCGUGCGCCUACCAACUGUUUUCGUAAGAGCAGGCGCACCAACUGCUGCGGCUUCAUCCUUCGUCUCUGGCAUUGUACGCGAGCCGAUCCAUGGAAAAGAGUCAGAGCUACCAGUCGACCCCAGCAUUGGCAUAUGGCUUACUUCACCGCGCGCGCUGGCGACAAACCUCGUGCAUGCCAUUAAAGUUCCGGCGGAAAAGUUUGGGCACUUCCGCCAAGUGCUGUUACCCGGUUACACAGCUACGAGCGGAGAAAUCUUGGACGCUUUGGAAAAGGUCGCUGGAAAGGAGACGAGAGCUUUGGUGAAAGAGAAGAGAGACGAGACUACGCAGAGGAUCGUAUUGAGCUGGCCGGCGAAGUACGAUACGGCGAGAGCGAGAGAUCUAGGGUUUAGUGAAGACGUUGGGCUCGAACAGACCAUUCGUGACUUCAUUGACGGCGAAAAGCAAAAGUCAUGA